AUGGAGAUAACGGAAGAAGUUUCGCUGGAACAGGAAGAUGAAUUUGAUCAAGCUUCGAUGAAAAUCAGUACGCCACCAGUAGUUAGUCACCAGACUGAAAUGAUGAGCAUCGGAAAACCAGAACAAAUCGGAGAUACUGAUGGGGACGGCGAUGCUGCUCGUACCGAUUAUAGUGAUUCCAUUCAGUCUUCGGAUAUUGGCAAGUUAACUGAGAAUUUUUCGGAUCCUAGUGAAGAGUCCACCUCAACACAUCGUAUGCUUACUCGUUCUGCAGCCAAAGCCGCUAAAGCAGCAUCUCAGUCAGCGGAAAUUAUGAAAACACCGAAAAAACGUAAGAGAAGUGGAGCGAGUUCAACAUCGAGUGGCGAUGCAACAUCAACACGUUCUGCUCGAACUAUGUUAGCUAAAAAGAUGGCAAAGAAACCAAGACAUUCACGCACGGGCCACAAAUAA